GACCAUUUCCUCCAGCAAGCAGGCCCGAGCUGCACACACACACAAACACAGUCACACGCUCACACGCUCACACACAGAUGCAGACAACCGGACGACCGUCGAAGCGAAGCCACGUCCUGGAUUGUGUUAUUUCCCCGCUGCCCGAGCUGGAUGCGCCCGCAGCGCCCGACUCUCCCUGAUGGGCCUUCGCCGCUAGUCUCCAGCCACAUCUGCCCCGCUGCUCUCCGCUGUGUCUCGGCUCUGAUGGUACGAGUUGAACAGUGACCGCUUCCUGCCUGAGGAAACCUGCUGCCGAACUCCCUUCAUCAUGUCUGGGAUUCACGCACCAUGGUCGACUGGCGCAGAGUGUGUAGCCAAAUACAACUUCCAAACUGCCAACGAACAAGACCUGCCCUUCUGUAAAGGAGACGUACUGACCAUCAUCGGAGUCACCAGGGAUCCAAACUGGUACAGAGCGAGGAACACGUCGGGCAGAGAGGGCACCAUCCCAGCCAACUAUGUCCAGAAAAGGGAAGGAGUCAAGUCAGGAGGCAAACUCAGUCUUAUGCCCUGGUUUCAUGGGAAGAUAACUCGGGAGCAGGCCGAGCGGCUCCUCUACCCUCCGGAGACGGGCUUGUACUUGGUGAGGGAGAGCACCAACUACCCCGGCGAUUACACCCUGUGCGUCAGCUGUGAUGGCAAAGUGGAGCACUACCGCAUCAUCUACCACAACGGCAAGCUCACCAUCGACGAGGAGGAGUACUUUGAGAACCUCAUGCAGCUGGUCGAGCAUUACACCAAAGAUGCUGAUGGCCUUUGCACCAGGCUGAUUAAACCCAAGUUGAUGGAGGGAACAGUGGCAGCGCAGGACGAGUUCUCCAGGAGCGGCUGGGCCUUGAACAGAAAGGAGCUGAAACUGAUCCAGACCAUCGGCAAAGGGGAGUUUGGAGAUGUGAUGGUGGGAGACUACAGAGGGACCAAGGUGGCAGUCAAGUGUAUCAAAAAUGAUGCCACAGCGCAGGCUUUCAUUGCUGAGGCAUCUGUCAUGACGCAACUGAGGCACAACAACCUGGUGCAGUUGUUAGGCGUAAUUGUCGAGGAGAGGGGCAGUCUCUACAUCGUCACAGAGUACAUGGCAAGGGGCAGCCUGGUGGACUACCUGCGCUCUCGAGGACGGACCGUGCUCGGCGGAGACUGCUUACUCAAGUUCUCACUUGACGUGUGUGACGCCAUGGAGUACCUGGAGGCCAACAACUUCGUCCACAGAGACCUGGCAGCUCGUAACGUGCUGGUGUCCGACGACAACAUCGCCAAGGUCAGCGACUUCGGCCUCACCAAGGAGGCCUCCUCCAUUCAGGACACUGCCAAGCUGCCUGUCAAGUGGACCUCCCCCGAAGCACUAAGAGAGAAGAGAUUUUCCACCAAGUCGGACGUGUGGAGUUACGGGAUCCUACUUUGGGAGAUUUACUCGUUUGGGCGUGUGCCUUACCCUAGAAUUCCUCUGAAGGAGGUGGUGCCCCGGGUGGAGAAGGGCUACAAGAUGGACGCCCCGGACGGCUGCCCGCCCGUCGUGUAUGACCUGAUGAAGCAGUGCUGGACCCUGGACGCCGUGGUUCGGCCCUCCUUCCGCAUGCUGAGGGAGAAGCUGCAGCAUAUCAGAACCAAGGAGCUCUACCUGUGAAGAGGAGGCACGGG